AUGGUCUACACACACCCCUUGUUGAUCCUCUCGGACGGUCGUUACAAUCUCUUUUUCGCUCUCUGCCCGUGCGCGCGCACGCAGAUCGACAUCGGCGCGGCCCCCGGCGGAUGGACCUCCUUCCUGGCCUCCAAGUGCCGUAGGGUACUCUCUGUCGACCCUGCCGAGCUGGACCCUGCGGUCCUUGCCCUGCCUAACGUGGUGCACGUUCAGCAGCUGAUCGAGGCCGCGGAGGGGACUCUCCAUGAACUCCUCGCCGAGGACGCGCCGACACACGAGCGGGAAUGCGGUUGCGGCGAGGGAGAGGAGCGCGACGAUGGCGGUGGUCGUACCCACGACGGACGGAAUAGCGGCGGUGGUAGCUCCACGCCAGAACAAUCGUCCCUCGCGUCUCGCUUGACGCCGGGAGGGCCUGUAGCUUCCGCGGGAUCAGCGGAUACGGCGGACGAGGCGUCAUCAAUGGGGGCGAACGGCCGGCCGGCAGCACCGGGGAAGCGCGGGGGAGCGGAGCUAGUCGUGUCCGACAUGAACGCCGAGCCGGCGGUGGUCGCGGACGUCCUCCUCUCGGCGAUGUCGGCCGGGCUGGCGAGGCCCGGCGCGCUGCUCGUUGCUACGUUCAAGGACUUCUGCGGGCGGCGCAAGAGGAUGAAGGACGAGGUGGCCGUGGCCGUAGAGCGAUUGCGAGUCGGUACUGCCAUUGUCGACGGCGGCGCUUCGGGUGUCGGAGAGGGGGACGGGGCCCCCGCACCUGCGCCUUGUGGUGGAGGUCCCCCCAAUGCGGAGACCUCUGGCAACGAUGCCGACGAAGGUUUGGAACCAGGUAACGGUCUCUCGCACGCUGGCACACCGCCGGAAGGGAGAGUGGCAGGGGUUGCCUGCGAGAAAGAGGGGGCUGGGGAGGAAGGUUGGUGGAGAUUAGAAGAGAUCGAGACGAUGAAGCUGUUGGCCGGCGGGCGGGCAGAGGUUACAAUCGUCGCGCGGGUGGCCCACGGAACGGAGGUAGCAAACGGAGGCGAUGGCGGCCAUUAG